AUGAAAGAUUCAUCAUACGCGCAUGCUCAAGUGGAGCUCAAAAUAUCCUGUGCGGAAUUAUCGAACUUAGAUUAUCUAUCAAAAACUGAUCCUCAGGUCGUAUUGUUGACUAAGGAUUCAAAAACUCAAAGGUGGUGUCAUCCCCCGCAUGCAACCGAAGUUAUCAAGAAUAAUAAGAAUCCAAAUUUCGUAAAAAGCAUCGUGGUGAAUUACUCUUUCGAAGAAUUGCAACAGUAUAGGUUCUUAGUUGUUAAUGUAAAUAAUCAUAAGAGCACGGAUUGGGGAGCUCAGGAGUUCAUUGGACGAUUCGAUUUGGGAAGCCGAGGAAGCAAGGUUAAGGGAAAACUGUUCUCUCCCAAACAUCCCGAAAAAAAACGUGGAUUCAUAAUUAUAACAGCCAAAGAACUCAGCAAUUCCAAGAGGGAGGCAAGGCUUCAAUUCCAAUCUUAUAAUGUUGGAGAGAAGGGUAGAUUCUUUGAGGCAAAACCAAAAUUGUUUUUUGUCCUAAGCAGGAUCAAUGAGGAUAAAACAAUUUCACCCGUUUAUGAGUCAACUGAUGUUGCAUCAAUGAAUCCUUUGUGGCCAGCAUUCACCAUCAAGGAAGCUACGUUAUGUAAUGGGGACCCGGAUAGAAAAAUAAUAUUUCAAGUGAAGCAACGCAAAAGGAAUGGAGGCCAACAUUCGUUUACUCUCCGAGAAAUCAUGACCGGUAACCGCAAAUUUCCCCUUUGGUUGCCUUCCGGUGAUGCUAGCAAAAAUGCACGCGUCGAAAUUAUUCAAGCACAAAUCGAAGAACCACCAACGUUCUUGGAUUAUGUCCUCGGUGGCACGCAAAUAAGCCUUGCAGUGGCCAUCGAUUUUACUGCGUCGAAUGGAGACCCCAGAUCGUUAAAGAGUUUACAUUAUGCAAAUGGUACCAAGGACAAUGAUUACCAAAAAGCGAUUCGAAGUGUCGGAAGCAUAUUAGAGAGUUACGGUUAUGACAGAAGAUUUCCGGUAUAUGGAUUUGGCGGUAAAUUUGGUGGAGCAUUAUCUCACGUUUACCCGUUAAAUCACGACGCGAAAAAUCCUGAGGUUGAGGGGAUCAACGGAGUGUUGGCUGCUUAUUUUAGAACCAUCAAGUUUGUGGAAUUACAUGGUCCCACGUAUUUCUCCCCGGCAAUAAUAGAAGCCAGCUCCCUUCCUCUGUCCAUAGUUAUUGUCGGUGUGGGGAAUGCCGAUUUCACUGAUAUGACCAUCCUUGAUUCUGAAGACUAUCCAUUGAAGUCUGGCAAUAGAAACGAGAGGGCAUUAUUGAAACCGGAAAGAAAUAUUGUGAAAUUUGUUGCGCUGCGAGAUUUUCAAUCAAAAACGGCUCAACAUCAGUUACCAAAAGCUGUACUCAAAGGGAUUCCCGAUCAAUUCAUGAGUUACGUGAUGACGAAUAACAUAAAACCGCAUCCUCCAGUUUAUGUUGAGAAUGAAAAAUUAUCAUUGGAUUGUAGAUUUGAUGCUACUGUGUUGGAUGAUGAUUAUUACAUAUAG